AUGAGCCUCCGUUUGGUUACAAGCCUCUGUCUAAUUUGCGCAAACCUGGUCCAUGUUGCCUCUCCUGAACGGAAUGGUUCUGUCAACACUGUCAUCAACCAGACCUUAAACUUGGUUUGUCUUCUGAAAGCCAAUAGUUCCAGCCUCCUUGAAACCUAUCUGAGUCACCAAGGUAGACCAUUUACAGAUAAAGACUUCCAUGCCCCAAGAUUAAGCUAUACUGGAGUGCCAGCGGCUUCCAUUUCUUUCCUGGAAUGGCGGAUCCUGAGUGACACUGACCGUCUGAACAAGAACUUUGUGGCUUAUAGCAGUUUCUCAGAAUUCUUGCAGCUGGUCUGGGAUGAUCAGUUUGAGCUCAACCCCACCGAAGAUGAACUUCUAGACCUGCUGAAAGUGACACAGUUGCAUGUCCAAGGCCUUCUUAACAACUUGACCACCAUCAUGUCUGCCUUAGGGGUCCCACCCUCGCCUGUUACAGACCCGCUUACGUUGGAGGUAGUUAAAACAAACACCUUUGAGAAAAAGAUUCGGGGAUACGUGGUAUGCUCGACAUACAAGCAAUGGAUUGAUCGGACUGUACGAGACUUUAAUCUUCUUGUGAAGAAAUACCCUCUUUAA